AUGUUGCGCUCACCCUCACAACCACCGCAACCAGAAUGGUCAGCAAGCUGGAGUGCAUUGCAACCGGCAUUACAAAAAGUACGACGGUCCAUGGCCACAGCUCGGACGUCCCCCAUCAAAGUCAUGCGAGUGAGUCAGCUUGAUUCCGAUAUUCUCGACAGUGAGCUGUUUCAAAUCCUUAAAGAUCAAUUAUGGAGUGCACUGUCCCUAUUCAAGCCCACUUUUAAAGAACGGUUCGAGCCGGAACUGCUGGCAGUUCUCAACCUGUUUUUAUUUAAACUCUCGGUAUAUGACUCAAGUGCAACAUAUGGCUCGCAACUACAAAAUUUGAAAUAUAGAAAUGAAUGGAAGCAUGGUGGAGCCUUGGAGUCCAUUGCGAAAGACGCACCCUUGAGUCAAGCACAAAAGAUUCUAUAUGGCGUAUUCACAGUGGGCGGGCAGUAUGCUUGGUCUCGAGCGAAUAGAUACAUCACGUCACAAGGGUGGGGCGAACUUGAUGAGUCAGAUAUCCGUAACAAAGUCUAUCGAGUUUUACAAGCAGGCGAAAAGUACUGGAAGGCGUUCUCUUUGCUAAACUUUCUGAUCUUUUUGUGGAACGGUAAAUACCGGACAUUGAUUGAUCGGAUUCUGGCAAUGCGGCUGGUCUAUGCAAAGAAAUCCUUAAACCGUCAAGUCAGCUUUGAGUUUUUAAACAGACAAAUGGUCUGGCACGCAUUUACGGUAUGUAAAAGGCAUUUACACAUGUAA